AUGGCUUCUUUUCUCAAGCUCAUCGUCAAAAAUGAGGCGAUGAACACUGAUCCUCAUGAGAUCUACAACUGGAGAGUCUACUUGUUGGCUGGAUCGGCAUGUUUCGGUGCCAUGUCCUUUGGAUGGGACAGUGGUGUUAUUGGAGGUGUGAUCGAAAUGUCGCCGUUUCAAAAUGACUACGGCUUCGUCAACAACGGCAAAAUUGACUCGGUUGCGGUUGCUAAUCUAAAGGGCAAUAUCGUAUCGGUUCUCCAAGCUGGAUGCUUCUUUGGAGCCCUUGCCGGUUUCCCUAUUCCUGAUAUAAUCGGCCGAAAGUGGUCUCUUAUCUGGGCUUCGGUAUGCAUCAUGCUCGGAGUCAUUAUGCAAGCCGCUGCAUCGGGUCACAUCGAGGCCAUGUACAUUGGCCGUCUCCUUUCUGGUUUCGGUGUCGGUUGUGCCAGUGUCGUCAAUCCCAUUUACGUUUCCGAAAACGCACCUCGAGCUAUCCGUGGCUUGUUGACUGGUCUUUAUCAGCUCUUCAUCGUCACUGGUGGUAUGCUUGCUUUUUGGAUCAAUUACGGCGCGAGUCUGAACGAAAAGGGCAAAGUCAUGUACAUUGUUCCCCUUGCCGUCCAAGCUAUUCCAGCGAUACUCUUGUUCUCUCUUAUGAUGAUCAGCAACGAAUCGCCUCGAUACCUAGCAAGAAAGGACAAGUGGGAGGAAGCGCGGCAAAUUCUGACCAGAGUGCGGAAUCUGCCCGAAGGCCAUCCGUAUCUCGAGGAAGAGAUCUCCGAGAUCUCAGAACAGCUCAAUUACGAAAGACAACUCAUUGGUGAUGCCACCACAUGGACCCUACUGAAGGAAAUGUUCACGAUUCCCACGAACCGCAAGCGAGCCAUCCUUAGCAUAUUCCUCAUGGUUUGGCAACAAAUGACUGGAACAAACGCCAUCAACACCUAUGCUCCCACCAUCUUCUCUCAGUUGGGCGUGAGUGGUACCUCGAACCAGCUCUUCAGCACGGGAAUCUACGGCAUCGUCAAAGUGGUGUCUUGUACAAUCUUCCUCCUCUUCAUGGCCGACUCGCUCGGACGCCGGCGAUCAUUGCUGGUCUCUUCUGUUGGACAGUCCAUCUGCAUGUUCUACAUUGGUCUGUACGUGAGAAUCUCGCCGCCGGCCAAGGACGCGCCUAUUACUCCGCAAGGAUAUGUUGCCUUGGUAUGCAUCUUUAUCUUUGCGGCAUUCUUCCAGUUUGGAUGGGGACCUGCCUGCUGGAUCUAUGUCUCUGAGAUUCCAACCCAGCGUCUCCGGCCUCUUAAUGUUGCCUUGGCCGCAGCCACACAGUGGCUCUUCAACUUUGUCGUCGCCCGGGCUGUCCCCAACAUGAUCGUCACGGUCGGUGCCAAUGGAUACGGUACCUAUCUUAUUUUUGGCAGUUUUGGCGUUAUUAUGUUCUUCUUUGUUUGGUUCCUCAUUCCCGAGACGAAAGGUGUUGCUCUUGAACAAAUGGACGCCCUCUUUGGCGUCAACGAGGAAGAGAAGCGUGCCAUGGCAAAUGAUGCUGAGAAAGCUGCUGCCACGGCCAUUGAAGUCUCGCCGGAUACUCAUCGCCAUGGGUAG